GCUCGAUCGAGCCUCGGUAUUCCUUCUGCUUGAUGCGCUCUGGUAUCUACUUCUACUACCUUCGCCUUCUACGAUGACGACGUGAACGCCAUUUUGACGGAGGCCUGUAAGUGGGGCUCCUGGCCUCUGGCGGUGGCUGGCUACUGAGACAGGAAGAACUUGCCUUUUAGGACAGGGCGGGAAAAAGGAAAAGAUUAUUUUGUUAUUUUCUUCCCACCAGAAAUGGCCAAUGUGCUCUGUAGCAGAGCCAGGCUGGUUACCUACCUCCCAGGCUUUUACUCUUUAGUCAGGAGGGUUGUAAAUCCCAAAGCUUUUUCUACUGCUGGAUCUUCAGGUUCAGAUGAGUCUCAUGUAGCUACUACACCCCCAGACAUAUGUUCAAGGACUGUGUGGCCAGAUGAAACAAUGGGACCGUUUGGACCCCAGGAUCAAAGAUUUCAGCUCCCUGGAAAUAUAGGUUUUGAUUGUCACCUCAAUGGGACAGCUUUGCAGAAGAAAAAUCCAGUUCAUAGAACUUUGCCUGAUGUCUUAGCAGAGCCUUUAUCAAGUGAAAGGCAUGAAUUUGUGAUGGCACAAUAUGUAAAUGAAUUUGAGGGAAGUGAUGUACCUGUUGAACAACAGGAAGUUAACAAAGCAGAAACUUAUUUUGAAAAUGCCAAAGUAGAAUGUGUACUCCAGACAUGCCCAGAACUACUUCGAAAAGAUUUUGAAUCAAUAUUUCCAGAAGUGAAUUCGGGCAAACUAAUGGUACUAACUGUAACACAGAAAACCAAAAAUGAUAUGACCACAUGGAGUGAGGAGGUUGAAAAUGAAAGAGAAAUGCUGUUAGAAAAGUUCAUAACUGGUGCUAAAGAAAUUUGCUAUGCUUUGCGUACUGAAGGCUAUUGGGCUGACUUUAUUGAUCCAUCAUCUGGAUUGGCAUUUUUUGGACCAUAUACAAGCAAUACUCUUUUUGAAACAGAUGAGCGAUAUCGACAUUUAGGAUUCUCUGUUGAUGAUCUUGGCUGCUGCAAAGUGAUUCGCCAUAGUAUUUGGGGUACACAUGUGGUUGUUGGAAGUAUCUUCACUAAUGCCACACCUGACAGUAGAAUUAUGAAGAAAUUAAGUGGAAACUAGGUGAAAGCUGCAUCAUUUGUACUUGACAUUUUGUCUAUAAACACUGUCAAGAGUCUUCAUUUUUUAAAAUAUUCAUUUCUAGGUAAAAGAUUAUUUAUUUCUGCAUCUAAAAUUUAAGAAUUUAUGUGAUUUAUGAGAUUUUCAAAAAAUGGCAAAUGUUUGUUUAAAACAUGCUAACUCUCCACAUUGUAUAAAAGGCAGUACUUAAUAUAGAUCCAGGUCUUGAUCCUAUAUUAUUUGUUUAUGGAGAGAGAGUUUUAGCUGUUUCUCCUUUAUAUUUGAAAUUUUCAGUUUUCCUUACAUCCUUCCAAAAAUAAAUCACAGGUUAAGAAGAUGAAGACAUUUCUUUUCCUAUUGUGAUGCAUCAACUUCAAUUCUAAAUGAUUUUUAAUUCAGACCUAUGUAAAUCUUAUCAAGUUACAAUUUUUGUAAAUUAUAGUUGUGAUAUUUAGAUUCAGAUCGAGUCUUCUAGUUUACUGGAAAGCAAUACUUUUUACCACAUUUUUUAAGUUGGUCUUCCUCAAAUUUAAAAUUUUUAGGAUUUUGAUAUUUUCCUCAUUUUCACAUUCUGUAGAUAAUUGUGUCAAGUUGCCUACAUCAACAUCAGUAUUUAACCUAAGAUGUCUUAGGCCUUGGGUUUAAAAAAGAAGUGUCAGAAUGUAAGCACAUUUAUUUAUUAUAAACAACUUUUUAUUUCUUUCAUUUGCCAAUCUAUUUUUGUGAUCCAAUGAUAAAUUGAAACUGCUACAUGCUACAGAAUACCUCAGUCAAUAACAGAAUUUAUAAACUUGAAAAGAUUAAUCUUUGUGUCACUAGCCUUUUGCCAAUAACUACCAUGAAAAUAAGUAACUUAUACCAGAAAGCAUUCUUUGCCUGAGACUUGUAUUUUGGAUUUCUCUUGUAGUUGUUAAAUGGGGUUAUUGAACAUCUAUUUAAGAAAUGACCUGUAGAAAUGGCAAGAUUUAGUGUUACCUUCGUUGAUUAAUGUUUAGCUUGGUAACAGGCAAUACUUAUUCCUACAAAGAAAGGACUUAAGUUAUCACAGUAAAGAAAAGCAAUGAUUCCCUUUUUUUCUGUACUGAACUCUGCAGUCAGUAUUUUUUAAAAUGGGCUAUUAGAUGAGAGAUUGGAGAAGAUAAUCCUAAGUUCCCUUCCAGCUGUAACAUUCUUUUACACUAGAUAUAAACAACUCAAGUACAGGAACCAUCCCUAAUAGGACUUCUAAUGGAUUCCUAAGAGUCCAUGCUGUGAGACUACCUCAUUGUGUAGUUUUUUUUCUUCAGUAAGUAGUGCUCUAUAUUCCAUGUGUUUUUAAGUAGUUCUGCUCCUUCAUAGUUUGCUACUUUGAUCUGCCUAUUCAUCAGCACUUCUUACCAAAAAAGAAGUGCCACGUUCUAGAAAAAUAGGUUUACUGCUCUGUAUGUAUUAGAUUAGUUUGGUUUUUUUUUUGUAUACAAUUACCAGUAAUAUGGUAAAAAGCAAGGACUACUUAGAGUUGUGAGCUAUAGGGAACAAUAUUUUGACCCCAAGUUUUGAUGUUGGGAUAGUCUGCAUGGAGAUGAACUCAUCUCCACUGAAUUCUGUGAAAGCUUACCCUUGAGGAAAUAGGUGUCAGUUAUUGUGCUUAUAAAAAAAAGCUAUAAACAGCUCAAUUCAUUUUUCAUCUAAUUCUCUUGACCAUAACCCUAUGAUUAAGCUGUAGUUGGAACAUUAGCAAAUAUCCAAACAAACUACUAUUUUAAAAAUAGAGCUUUUUGGUUUAAAUUAGGAUUGCUUUAUGAUGUUGACAAGUUCAACUUCAAUUUUAUUGAAAAUAUUUUUAUGCCCUUUUUUGGCUUUUUUUUUUAAUUUUGUAGCAACUUUGGCAGCUUAAGUUGUGCAGUCACCACUUUAAUACUUUUCAUAAACUGUUUAUUUGGCUUGUAAGUUUUCUGUAUCAAAUCAAUAGUAUAACUAUAUCUUGCCAUGUCAAAUCCAGAUGGUCCAAAUUCAGAUCUUAAAUAUUUCAUUUCUGUUUCUGUUGUCACAUAAUAUACAGUGCCUUGACUACUAAUUGGAGAAUUUAAUCAUUUGGGAGGCUUGUAGAUAGAAAUAAAGAUCUUCUUAUUUCUA